AAAAAGAAAAAAAAAGAAUUCGUUAUCUGGCGCAUGGCGCGGAGAAAUAGAAGGAAAACUAGAAAGUUGAUGCAAAAACACGUUAGAAGAAAAUGGCCGAAGCCGAUGAGAAUAGCGGCUCUUAUCGUAUCAGCGAUUCAAGAUCUUCGAGAGACGAAAGGAUCUACAACGAAGAAGAUCAUAGCUUACAUUAGAUGUGCUUCCGAUUUGCCUGAAAAACGUGUUAAGAGACAGGUUAAGGCGGCAUUAAGACGUGGCGUAGAAUAUGGAAUUCUACGAAGAUAUCGAGGACACUAUUUUCUGCCUAUCGGCGACGAGGUGGAUCGAGCGAAUCGAAUAGCAGUUAGAUUUGCCAGACUGCCAUCGCCUCCGAGACCAUCCGCAAAAUCGAGAAACGUUGGCCUUCGCAAAACGCCAGCCACGAGGGAUCGUAAGAAAGGGCGGAGACGAUUCGCUAACAGAAGUGGAAAUACUGUUGCCGAGGGCAAAAGCCCAAGAAAGUCACGUUCCCUUCCCUUCUCAACGACAACGACAACGACGGCGACGAGCUUCGUGGGAAUACCGGAAGCCAACGACAUUUCUGCCGAAUAAGACGAUUCGAGACGUCGAUAAGGGCUUUUCUAAACUUGCAGAUUGUUGUACUUACAUUUUGUAAAACGUCACUUAUACACUCGUAUUUUCUCGUCCAAAUCGAACCUAAAGAAAAAAAGAACAAAUCGACAAAAAAGAAACUUGUUUUUAUCGACAUA